AUGGAGAUUUGCAGUGAUUGGAAGUGUUUAUGGAUUAAUACCAGGUUUUAUAAACUCCAGAAUUUCAUCAAGAACAGGUGGGAGAAGAUUGGAAUGAUUGAAUUUCAUCAAGUCAAACCUAAUCUCUUUGCAUUUGUGUUCGAAUCUGAAGAAGGGAAAAUGAAGGCUAUGGCAGAUGGGCCUAUCACAUUUGAUAAGCAUCCAUUAAUCUUGCAAGAAUGGACUAAGAAUAUGUCCUUUGAUGUGGUCGAAACUGCAUCUGUUCCUGUUUGGGUAAAAUUUUCUAUGCUUCUAUGGGAGUUUUGGAACCCUAAUUCCUUAAGUUCUAUUGCUAGUAUUCUGGGAAGACCUCUAUUUGCAGAUAAAUGUACUAGAGACAGAUCUAGAUUGGCGUAUGCUAGAGUCCUUAUUGAAAUGAAACUAAAUGGUGUUUUUCCUGAUAUUGUGGUUAUUGAAGAUGGUGAAGGAAUGCAACACACUCAGAUGGUGGAGUAUGAAUGGAAACCAAUUGUUUGUGAAGUCUGUAACAAACUGGGACACAGGAAUUGUGAAGUUAAGCAAAUCUGGAUUGCGAAGAAAGACAAAGAAGAAGCUGCUGUGAACAUCACUCAGGAGGUGGUGACAGAGUCAAGCAAUAAGUGUGGAAAGGAAAAUGAUACAGCUGAAGAUAGGAUGGUGAAAACUCCUGUAGUGCCUGUGCCUGUGGUAUCUCCUGUGGCUAUAGAGGAAACUCCUAUGGCUAUUGAAGAAGAAUUUCAGCUUGUCACUAACAAAAAGAAGAAUAGAAUUAUAAGCAGAGAUAAGAGUGGUGGGAAUACUCAGGCUAAUAGAGGUAACCCUGUGCAAGUUAACAUGAAUGUGAAUGAUAAAUUGCCUAACAAGAGGAUAAUCAAGCCUCUUGAUAGAGGUAAAUGA